UUUACAUGCAUUGAAAGAGAGAGAGAGAGAGAGAGAGAGAGAGAGAGAGAGAGAGAUGGAGUGCUACAGAGAAGAAGUGGUGGUAUCAAUACCAUUAGAGACACCAACUCUUGGUGAUGAACAAAGGAAAUGUAAUGGGAAUGUUUUUAGCUGUAGUUUGAGUGCAAGAGAGAGGAAAUUGGUGUGUGUGACUAGUGGGAACUCUUACUUCGGUUCUCACUUGGUCAGGAAGCUCUUGGCUCAUGGCUACCUCGUAAGAGUCACCAUUCAAAACCAAGUGGACAUUGAGGAUAUGAAGGAGUUGAUAAGAGAAGAAGAGAUGAAUAAACUAGAGAGUGUUGUAGUAGCAAAGAUGGGAGAUUUGGAGAGUCUCUGUGAUGCUUUUAGAGGUUGCCAUGCUAUUUUCCACACCUCCUCCUUCGUUGAUCCGCAUGGUAUCUCCGGAUAUACGGAGCAAAUGGCAUUUCUUGAAACUGAAGGAGCAAAGAAUGUCAUUGAAGCUUGUGGCAUAGUAGCAUAUGUGAAGAGAUGUAUCUUCACUUCUUCUCUGCUUGCUUCCAUCUGGAAACGCGACAACGCGGACAGGGUUGUGGAUGAGGGCUGUUGGAGUGACGAGGAAUUCUGCAGAGAAAAUAAGUUCUGGCUUGCAUUGGGUAAGACAACAGCAGAAAAGGUUGCUUGGAGGAAGGCAAGGGAAUUGAAGGUGAAGCUUGUGACAGUGUGCCCUGGCCUUCUCAUGGCUCCAUCUUUCCCAAACGCGCACUUUGAAUCCUCUCUACCAUAUCUUAAAGGCGGCCAAGUCAUGCUGCAACGAGGCAUCUUGGCAACUGAAGACGUCGAUAGGAUGGCAGAGGUGCAUGUCCAUGUUUACGAAGCAAUGGAUCACGGAGCCUGUGGACGCUACCUUUGCUUCAACAGAGUAGUAAGAAGAUCGGAUGAGGCCAUUCAACUUGAAAAUGUGUUGAAGAUGCAUGGUUUAUUGUCUGCAGGAUUAAGAAACGUGGUGUUAGCAGAAGACACUGAUGAAAUACCCAACAGGCUUAGCAGUUCAAGGCUUGCCAGAUUGGUUUUUCGUGCUUCUCAACGUUUAUUCUGCGAACAGUGCUAGUAAAUCCACAUUGCCGCAUGAUGAGAAUCGAGAAAGAAAUGUUCAAUUGUUGAAACUUAAAUUCAGCUAUGGCAGUUACUCUGGCUUGUGGUACUGUGACAAAACUUUUCAUGCUAAUGUAAUUAGAGUUAUGGAAGGUAUUUGAAUCUUCUACAUUUGUUUUCUUAUAGUGUAAUGAAUAUUUGGUCAAAUUAAAAUUUUGGUUGAGAGCUAAGAACAAAUCAUGAAUAUAGGGUAAUGAAUCUUUUCAUGCUUGUAA